AGUGCUCUUUGGUGGUCAGCUCGGGUCCCGCUGCUGAUUGUGAUCUGGAAGGGGAUCCGGGCAGCAGAGAAGUGUCCCGCACCCCGUGGAGCAACUGGGGGAAGAGCUGCGCCGAAGCAGCUGCAGCCGGGGCAGGAGCUGAUGGGGGUCUCGCCUGGGGGAGGGAGUCACGACCAUCUUCGUGCUCCCACCAUCCUUAUUUGCCAACCUCCAGAGCUCGGAGGAAAGAGCAGGCGGCUGAUGACCAGCGGCUCCCAAGGCUUGGGCUUCCUUCCGAGAAUGGGUGCAGCCUUGUGCUCCAGAGCCCCCUCCCGGAAUGGGCCACGGGUGCUGGUCCUAGUGGCCUUUGGGCUGCUUCUCCUGCCCGGCCUGGCCAAGGGCAACGAGUAUGACUACGUCAGCUUCCAGUCCGACAUCAGCGCUUACCAGAGCGGGCGCUUCUACACCAAGCCCCCUCAGUGCGUGGCCAUCCCGGCUGACCUCCGCCUGUGCCACAGCGUGGGCUACGACAAGAUGGUCUUGCCCAACCUCCUGGACCACGAGACCAUGGCGGAGGUGAAGCAGCAAGCCAGCAGCUGGGUGCCUUUGCUCAACAAGAACUGCCACAUUGGCACCCAGGUCUUCCUCUGUUCCCUCUUUGCCCCCGUCUGCCUGGACAGGCCCAUCUACCCCUGCCGCUGGCUCUGCGAGGCCGUCCGCGACUCCUGUGAGCCCGUCAUGCAGUUCUUUGGCUUCUACUGGCCUGAGAUGCUCAAGUGUGACCAGUUCCCGCAGGAUGACGUGUGCAUUGCUAUGACCGCCCCAAAUGCCACGGAGGCAUCCAAACCUCAAGGCACUGCAGUGUGUCCUCCUUGCGACAAUGAGAUGAAGGCAGACGCCAUCCUGGAGCACCUGUGUGCGAGUGAAUUUGCUUUAAAGAUGAAAAUAAAAGAGGUAAAAAAAGAAAAUGGAGACAAGAAGAUCAUCCCCAAAAAGAAGAAGCCCUUGAAGUUGGGCACCAUCAAGAAGAAAGAUCUCAAGAAGCUGGUGCUCUAUUUGAAGAACGGGGCAGACUGUCCUUGCCACCAGCUGGACAACCUCAGUCACCAGUUUCUCAUCAUGGGGCGCAAAGUGAAGACCCAGUACCUUCUGAUGGCCAUCCACAAGUGGGAUAAGAAAAACAAAGAGUUCAAAAAGUUCAUGAAGAAAAUGAAAAGUCCCGAGUGCCCCACAUUUCACUCCGUCUUCAAAUGAUCAGAUGGUGUCAGGAUUGGAACAUUUCUUCUCUUCUUUUUUUAGUUUUGUUUUGUUGCUGGCCCUGAACUUGCACAGACUUUCUUUUGGACUUGGUGGCUCAUACAUUUUGGCUCCUUCUACCCUGGUGGAUACUGAA